AUGUCUGACGCUGUGGAACCAAAUCCUGGUUUUCUUUUGUUGGAUUUAUUACGAGGAAAAGAAAACCACGACGGCAUCAAGAUGAAGCGGACGACAACAUUCUCAUCAAAAACACCUUUCAGGUUCAUGAUUGUGUUGUUGAUGCUGCUCGUUGGAAUGAUACUCUCCACUCGUCGAAUACAAGCUCAAGAUUUGCGAUAUUGCUCGAUUGCCAACACCACAGUGAUUCCACUCACCACAAGCUUAACAGGUCAACAACAACCCGGAAUAUUAUGUCCCUUUGGAUUCAUCAAACAAAGAAAUAUCACUUCGGGUCUGUUCACUUGUCAAAGUGUGAUGGAUUUAUUGAAUGACAUUGUGGACAAGAAGGAUUGUUUCUUGCCACCAGGUCGAGACAAUGAAAAAUCAUUGCCCUACUUUGACACUACAAACUGUAUUUUCAAUUAUCUUCAUUGUUCUCCUCGAACCAGAAAGUGCACCCUAUUCAACACGAGAAGUUUGGGCGAUGCAUGUGUAGACCGAUUUAGUUGUGCAGGAUCGGUUCAGAAAAAUCACAUCAAUUGCUUUGAAGGAAAAUGCACCACUCUUGUGAGAAACACUGUUCUACCUACAGGUGCUCUCUGUCCAUCUGAUCUCUCAACUUUUUCUUCUUUCAUUAGCUAUGAGAAUAACACAUUAUCCACAUGUAAUGACAACUCUCUUUGUGUGUCCAAUGGCGGAUCCUCAAAAUGCAUGAGAGUGCAACCAGGAAGAGCUCCAAGAUUUGGAUCAUGUGGAAUGUUUUACACCGUUGAAAACAACACUAUUAUGGAUAUAAGUGUGAGGUUGUGUAAAGAUGCACAUGUUUGUUCAAAUAUGGAGCACGGUAAUUGCUUACCUAAUUAUGCUUCUACAGACUUUUAUGACACAUUUAGAUCCCCAUUUAGGACUCUAAUAACUCCACCAGAAGAGUUCGAGCUUCAAUUAAGCUCCACGUAUAUGGACACGAGGCAAGCUUUUACUACAAGAAGUAAUUCUUUUUGUAAACAUAACUCUGGAUGUAGCGGAAACGCACUCGGCAAUUCUGCAUUACAAAUCAAGUCAAGCUAUUCUUACAUGAAGGGAGGCCCGAGUUUCAACGCGUCGUUUUUUGAAACAUUUAACAAAUGUGACACAUCUCUGAAGAAAUGUAUUCGAGUCUUUGGAAAAGAGAAUGGAAUGCCAUGUUCAGAAAAUGCCGAAUGUCGAUCGACUUAUUGUUCACCUUUCAACAACAUGACUUGUUCUGAGUUGCCAAAAGAAGUUGCAUGUGGACCAAGUGUUUCCAGUGCAUCAUUGUCUGAUUGUCCAGGAUAUUCACAAUGUGUGUGCACCAACUCGAGUCGAGGAGUUUGUAUGAGUUUAUGUUUUGCUGAAUUGACAGAUUUGCAUUCAUGUUCCUAUAAUUUUGGAAUGGUUGGAUCAAAUAGUGCAAUUUCUAAAAUGGAAAAUACUUUAAUUCCAUUCUAUGACAAUCAAUCCUCAAUAUUUUCUCUUGAAAAUGGAAAAUGUAAAGAAUACAUGAUCAAAUAUUUUGAAUGUAUGAAGAAUAUUCAACAAGAAAUGAAUUUGGAGACUCAUGAUUUGCCAUAUUCUCCUUUAACAAGACGAAAUGGAAUGACAGGAAAAUCUUUGUCACUCUCUGAACCCAAUGACAUUGUUUUGAAAAGUAAUUUGGCAAAUUUAUCUCUAUCUGAAGAUGAGACAGAUGUAUUUGCAAUUGCUGAAGUGAAUUUGACCAACAUUGAAAAUAAUCAAUUUUCAAACAUUUCAGAAGUAUCCUUAACAAGAAUUGAUAUGUUUAAUGAAAGUUCAAGUUCAAUGUUGAUGCAAGUUUCAAGCAUGUAUUCAAAUUUUAACAUUUCAGAACAAGUGGUUGUUUAUAUUUUGGAAAGAAUGGCAGGAUUAAUUCCAAAAUAUAAAACCAAAGAAAUUAAUUUCAGAUCAACCUUGAAAGUGUGUGGAUGUUGCACUCCAACAGUGACCAAUUAUUUGCAAGAUUCACUUCAUGGAGGAAUUUUAUUGAAAGGAAAUGAUUCAAAUAUUCUCUCUUCAGGAUUGAUUGCAUUCUCUGAUUUAUCAUUAAGUAAUACCAUCUCUGGAUUUGAACCAAUUAUGGGACAUAAUUCAUUUCUGAAUCGAAAUUGGUAUGAGAAAUGUGACAUUAUUUUAGUUCCAGCUGAAGAUAUUGAUGUGAUUACACUCUCUGUGAAGAAUAACAUGUUAAUUUUGGAUCGAAAUUCAACAGAUGGAAAUUCAUUGAAAGAAUUGGAAGAAAAAUCAAUGAAUGAAUUAUUCUCUGUUGCAAUUUCAAACAUUCCAUCAAAAGUGUUGACAAUUCCAAGAAGUGUGAGAGAUGCUGCCCUAAAGAAUCAAACAUUAUUGGAUCGAGUUUCUUCAGUGUUUAAAGAUGCAGUAAUGGAUAAUUAUUGGCAUGUUUAUAAUGUGUUAAAUUUGACGAGUUCAAUCAACUCAACCGAUUGUUCCAUUUUCAAUUCGACUUUUGAUAUUAAGGCUUAUCAUAGAGUCAUAUUCUCAUAUCCAGUGACAUUUGACACUUCAGUUCCAUUUCCUCUUUCUUCUCCUUCAUUUGUGAUUGAGAAUGAUCAAUGGUUUAUGCAGAAAUUAUUUUUUGGAAUCAUUUCUGAUGAGAUAUUGAUGAACAUAUUCUCAAAAUUGGCAAGUCCAAAAUGUUACAGCAGUUAUAACUCUUAUUUGGGUGUAUUCCAUUAUAAUGAUGUCUCAAAAUAUUGGGAUUUGAUUCUGAAAGAUUCCAUGUUAUUCAUUGUGAUUGCAAGUUGUCUCUUGUUUUAUAUUUUAUUGAUCACAAGUUUUAGAAAAAGUUUGGCCAUGAAGAGAAGAUUAUUUGCACCAUUUAUUGGACCAUUUUGCAUGAUGAUCAUUUGUUUGGUUUAUAUUGAACCUAUUUUAAUGUCUCUAUUCAAACAUGUUGGAAAGAAUAUUAUUCCAUUCAUUCCAAUUCCAAAUUUAUUCAUUUCAUUAUUGAGUGCUUCUUAUAUUGUAGUGUCCAUUCGAUUUUAUUAUUUGAGAAAUUUAUAUCAAAUCAGAACAGGAUUAGAUGAAAAGAUGAAGAAUAACAAAAUGAAUAAUAUGAGAAUUUAUCGAAUUUUCGUUCAACCCUAUGUCACUCUCUCAUUGGUGAUCAUUAUCACUUGUAUUGUUUUUGGAAUUUGGUUUGGAAUAUUUUAUGGAAUUUUAGAAAGUAUAAUUAUUGAAAGAUUUGGAAGAUUUGAAUGGACACUUCAAUUUGAUGCUUCCUUAUUGGCAUUGACCACUCAAUUUGCAUUCUUGAGUUUAUUUUCAAUUCUUUGUUUAUUUGUUGAUGCCUUUUUCAAUUUGAAAAAGAUUAGAAAACAUGGCUUUGGGUAUUACUUUAUAUUUGAUGAUCCGUUCCACAUGAGAAUUGAUAUCCUUUCACAACUCUUUAUCUUUUUUAUCUCCAUUUUUGUAGUAUUGGACAUCUUUGUUUGGAAUACUCUCAUCAUCAACAGAAUUGGAAUUACUCUCUUCUUCCUUUGCUCUCUAAUGAUAUUUGGUGGAAAUAUUAUGAUAGUUGAAACAGCAAUAUCCAUUAAGAACAGAAGGACAAACGGUUGUUUGAACUGCUUUGUUGAUCGAUUAAGCGUCCUCGAAACCGAAUGGGUUGAAAACAUGAAAGAUGUUCACUUUAGAGAAUUGCAGAUGAAAUAUGCCAAGAAUGAAUUUUCGUUAGAGAACUUUUUGUUGUACGAACAUUUAGAAAAAUUAGAGAAACAAAAAGUAUUGACUGUAGAGGAUCUCCAUUAUUUACAAACCACCUAUCUCAGUAGUCUGUCUCCUUACUCGAUCAAUUUACCUGCCCAUUGUUACACUAAAUUUGCAGAGAUUUUGACAAGAAAUGCAAAUAUUCAAUUUAGUGAGCUCGAAACCAUCAAGAAUGAAGUCAUUGCCAACAAUUUGGACACAUUCAACCGAUUGACCUUAACCAAGGAAUAUAAAAAGUGGAAAGAAAUUGCUUCCUUCCAAUCUCAAAUGAAAAUUUAA